CAGAGGGAGUAGUCAUUAAAAAAAUACACCGGCACGGGUGUGCGUUCUAGUUUGUUUUUAAUUUCAAAGAGAGGGAUCUCUUACAUAAAUAAAAUAUUCUAGAGAUCAGAUUUUGAGGUGCCCAAGAAAAGAAAUCGAAGAUUUUAAUAAACGCUUGGGGAAGUAGGUACAACUCCCGAUGUUGUCAUGUGGGCUACCAUUGGGCCUGGUGAUCUAACAUUCUGAUAACAACCUGACACUUGUGUUUAGGCCUGUAUAUUGGCGAAGCAAGAUUAUUUUAAAAAAUCCAACUCGUAAAUAAUGUUAACCUUUCAUAACAGUACAAAAUUUUACAAACCUCUUUUUAACUUUAAUCAGCAUUACUUUGGUAUUUUCCUUUUUAAAAAGUAAAAUAAAAAAAUGGAAAAGUGGAAUAUAGAAAAUACCCAUACAGAAGCUAACCCAAAAGUAAUUAAAAGCAAAACACGAAGUCAAAAAUAGACAAUAACAAAAAGAAAGCGAACGCAAGUUGCUUGAGAUACUAUUUAUAUCAUUAUAUGCAUUCACAUAUCAAUCUAGUUUGUGUAUAGAAGUUUCGUUAGAAUGGUCUGUCACGUAAAUUACGGCAUAUAAGAGAUAUAGACGAUGCGCUUAAAGAAGAAGACUUCGAUCUUGAUUUUCUCAGUGUUCAUCCUCCAGAUCUUCACAUAUUCGAAAGCUUUGGAUGUUACUCAAUAUGGAGCUGUUGGAGAUGGAGUUACAGACGAUUCUCAGGCGUUCUUGAAAGCCUGGGAAGAUGUCUGUAGCGGGGCAGGAGAUGGGCAGCUUAUCAUUCCGGCAGGAAUGGCAUUUAUGUUGCAGCCCUUGAAGUUUGAGGGUUCUUGCAAAUCGACCCCUAUUGUUGUUCAGAUUUUGGGCAAUCUUGUUGCAUCAAGUAGAGGAAAAUGGAAAGGAGACAAAGAUCAAUGGAUUCUCUUCUCAGACAUAGAAGGGCUUGUGGUUGAAGGUAACGGCGAAAUAAACGGCCAGGGUUCGAGCUGGUGGGAACACAAAGGCAGUUCUAGACCAACCGCAUUGAAGUUCAAGAGCUGCAACAAUCUUAGACUUAGUGGCUUAACUCACGUAGAUAGUGCGAUGGCACACAUUCACAUAAACGGUUGCAACGAUGUAACCAUCUCAAAUCUCCGGAUAAAUGCACCUGAAUCAAGUCCUAACACCGAUGGCAUCGAUGUAGCGGUUUCAUCUAACGUUAUCAUCCAGGAUUGCGUAAUCGCCACUGGUGACGAUUGCAUUGCGAUUAACUCGGGGACGGCUAACAUCAGAAUAUCUGGUAUAGAUUGCGGACCAGGCCAUGGAAUAAGCAUAGGAAGCUUAGGAAAAGAUGGAGAGAUAGCUUCAGUGGAGGAUGUAUGUGUCCAAAACUGUAACUUUAGAGGAACUAUGAAUGGAGCUAGGAUCAAAACCUGGCCGGGAGGAUCUGGGUACGCAAGAAGGAUUACUUUCAAUGGAAUUACUCUAGAUAAUGUCGAGAAUCCUAUCAUAAUCGAUCAGCAUUACAACAAUGGAGAUUCUGAUAAGUCCACAGAUGAUAAGUCCUCGGCGGUGGAAGUGAGCAAAGUUGUGUAUAGUAACUUCGUGGGGACGUCCAGAUCAGAGUACGGUGUUAACUUUAGGUGCAGCACGAGAGUACCAUGCACAGAGAUUUUUCUGAAAGAUGUGAAAAUAGAAACGGCAUCGUCAGGAAUGGGACAAGUAGCGCAAGGACAGUGUUUAAACGUGAGAGGUGGUGUGUCUACACUUGCGGUACCAGGUUUAGAGUGUUUAGCACUUUCUACAGAUAUGUUGUCAUGGGGGACAAUGCCGGAACAAGCUUGUAUGUUGCCGCAGCAAUCAGUGCAACCGAACACACGACCGUUGCAAGAUCCAUUAUGGGUUUAUGGAAGCAGAGGAGAACGAUUAGGAGUAUAUAGGGUCGUGUUAACUUCAUUAAUCUCUUUUGGUUUUAGUUAUGUUUUAGGUUAGUCAAAGGUUUCAAAAACAUAUUCAGUGGGUUGAGAUGAUAAAUUAAUUGGUUUUUGUUAUUGUCACAAGACUCACAACCUAGAUUCAAGCAUUACUUGUGUUAUAAGGUGCGUAAAAAAUAGUUUCCGAUUUGA